GGACGCGCGUUCCUUCCGCCUCGCGUCGGUCGUGUUACAUUAUUGCGAGUAUCGUAUUAUAGUGUUUGUGCGUGAUUGAACAAUUACAAUCUUGACGUUAAGGGGAACUCCUGUUAAUCAGGAGCCCCUACUAAAAUCAACCUCAACCCAAUGUAUCCAAUAAACCCAACGUCUCAACAAAUCCCUAACUUACAACAAACAACGUCAAAAACUACAAGUUAUGCCAACAUUACUUCGACAACAUGUUUUCCAAAGAAAGAACAAGCCAUUAUUUUAGAUUCAAUUGAUGGAGUUACGCUCAGGGAGUACCUACUUGCGUUAUCGUCUGUAAUACCUACGACAGCAAUUCAUUUUAUAUCUCGCAUAUCAAAUGGUCGUAUAUGUGUCUAUAUGGACACAAAAAAACGGCAGAUGACCUCAUAGAAAGUAAAAAGUUUAUUACUAUCCAAAGUAAAGUUUUAGAAAUUAAACCAUUAAUUACAAGAAACAAAAGAAUUGUUUUGUCCAAUGUUUGCCCUGUCAUCGCACAUUAUGUAAUUGAAAAGAAAUUCGAAGAACUUAAUGUUAAAAUAAUGUCUUCAAUUACCUUUAUGAAAAUUGGAGUAACAGAUCUGGGCUUUUCUCACAUAUUGAGUUUCAGAAGAAUGUAAACGGAUUUUACAACAGAUUAGAAAAUAUCAAAUUAUAGAUUAACCAGUUCUGUUGGUAAUUGGACAAUUACAUGAAGAUGAAGUGGACAGCGCAGUACAGGAACAAGAAUGAGCUAUGAUAUUAAAACUAUCUUCUGAAGAUGGCUGUUCCAGGCACAUUUUUUUGGCGUCCGCGUCUGGGAUUGGACAUGUCUGCCUCAAGAACAGAGACGCCGUUGGACGUACACCAACCGAACAUACACAAUAUAAUGAGAGAAGAAGAUCUAUAUGACGGUUACCAGCUCGGCCUGAGUAUGGUGUCGAUAUCUGCCGGUCUGAAAGGUGCCAGGAAGUUCUCGCACCUCAACCCAACUUCCAAUUAUUUCUACACCAACGCUUACAGAUGGGCACGCAGAUAUUUAAGUCUAUGGCAGUUCCAGGCACGUUCUUUUGGCGACCACGGUUGGGAUUAGACUUGUCUAUACCAACAACAGAGACAUCGAUGAAGGUUCACUUACCGAACCUGUACAACGUACAAGAAGGAGUCGUGGUUCUCAUAGAAGGAUACCAGGUCGGCAUGAGUGUGGUGGCUUUAGCGGCCGGUCUUACCAGUGCCAACAUCUUCUUGCACCUCAACCCAGCUUCCGCAUAUUUCUACACAAACGCCUACAGAUGGGGACUCAGAUAUUUAAGUCUCGUUCCAUUAUGGAUUGGUGGCGGUGGAGACAACUUCUGUGACACCCACAAGGUGUGGCGCCGUCGGUUUUACUACAUGGACGAGUUCAUUCCCAAGUGGCUGCAGCGCGCAUUCUUCUACGUGAAGGAGUCCGAGUGGAAGAAAGAAGAGACCGAAUUCAAGCGGUUUAAGCAAAUCGCAGAACCCGAGUUUGGCAAACAUUAUCGCUACCCGUCAAAGAUUUUUAACGAUUACAAAUCACAAGAGACAAAGGAAACCUCUUGGUCCCUGGGGUCAUCUGCUUCGGUCUCUAUCACAGCAUGAUUUACUUCACCAGCAUUUAUUUCUUUUAAAUCUGCGGCCUUACACCUAAUUAACCAUAUUAAUAGGAAAUAAAUCCUUCUUUCGGCAUAGGUACCUUCCUACUGUGCACAGUAGGGUUGUGAUAAUUGACACAGAGAGUUUAUAUGAAGAGGAAGCAACGUUUAAUGCUACUAUGCUCAACCAUCCCGCGCGCCCGCAGACGCCACCAGCUCAGGUUUGGUCGCCAAACCUGGCGCGGCCACUUUAGGCGCUAUAGCCACUUGUGUUUACAUUAGUCGAGCUAUCAUUAUGCGGUUUAUGUUACGGGUUACUAGAUAAACAAGCUUGGUUAUUGUAAUAAAUGUGCUUUGUGGUAGAUUCGU